AGCCGCUUGUUGUGUAUCAUAAUAUACCCGUAACGCCUGCUGCUGUACCUACUAACUGACUCUAACUCGUUUCUUCCGUCCACUUAAACGCGAAAAAUUCAUUUCUUUCUAUUUGGCAAAAAAAAAAAAAACACUCCUCCUUCGAAUCUCGUUAUAAAUUGUGAACUGUGAUUAUUAUGUGAAUGAAAAUUAUUUUAAUCAAAUGUUUAACGAUAUCUAAUAACAUGGUAGUGAUGAUAUAUAAGAAUUAAAAGAAAAUUUUAGUGAUUAGUGAGUGAAGUUUAAGUUAUUAUUGAACGAAUAUAAACAGCAAUACGAUGCAUACUUUAUUUGGUGAACAAAAUGCUUAUUACAGGCAUGCAACGAGUGUUCCAGUUGGUAUGAGUACUUCAUCAUAUCCAGGAGUUGGUGCAGCACCGGCUUACUAUGAGCAAUAUCGUUAUGGUGGUUAUGCAACAGCGGGUUAUCCCGUCGCUGGAAUAUCACAACAGCACAUGCAUCAUCCAGCCAAAGAUAUGGUGAAACCACCAUACUCUUAUAUAGCAUUGAUAGCUAUGGCGAUACAAAAUGCACCUGAUAAAAAAAUAACUUUAAAUGGAAUCUAUCAAUUUAUUAUGGAGCGAUUUCCUUAUUAUCGUGAAAACAAGCAAGGUUGGCAAAAUUCAAUAAGGCAUAAUUUGAGUCUCAAUGAAUGCUUCGUAAAAGUUCCACGGGAUGAUAAAAAACCAGGAAAAGGAAGUUACUGGUCAUUGGAUCCUGAUAGUUACAAUAUGUUUGAUAACGGAUCUUAUUUAAGAAGAAGACGGCGAUUUAAGAAAAAAGAUGCAUUAAAAGAAAAAGAAGAAGCAUUAAAACGCCAAGGGAUUGUAUUAGAUAAACGUGAUGACAUCAAAUCUAAUCACAGUAUAGAUUCAACUAAAAAAUUGUCAUCAUCAGAGUGCAAGCAGCCGAAAAGAGAGCCGUUGAAUGACCAGCCUAAUUGCAUGGGUAAUAACAGUUCAGUCGCUAAAUAUGGAAGCAUGCAAGAUAGUAAAACAAUAACAACAACUGCAAGUGUAAUUCAAACGAAUUUGGGACAUACAUCUGGUCUGCAAAUUCAACAUCAACCACAUCAAGUGCACCAAGAUGUUGCAGUAACUGAUGUAAAUAUUGGUUUGGAUCCAGCCAAUUUCAGUGUUGACGCAUUAAUGACUUCGAGGGAAAAUAGUGCUUUAAUGAACCGUGAUCAUCAUUCACAACAUCCUCAUUCAAUUCAGCAUUCUCAUGGGCAUUCUGGGCUUUCGCAUCCGUCUAUAAUGACGACAUCGCGAGAUCCCAAUACUACCGUCGGUACUAGAGAUCUUACAUCAGUGGUCACUACAACUAGCACGACAACCGCUGCUGCAGUCGCAAUGAUGCCUGCUUCCACUGGGUACAGUCAUGUAACACCCUCGAGAGGUAAUUCUAGUCCAUCUGGAACAAUGUAUUCUCCCUACUGUCCAAGCUCUUCGGGAUAUAUAAUGGAUCAUACGGAUUAUAAUGCUACAGCAGCUAGAAAUCAUAAUCCACCACAUUCCCAAUGGUAUCAAGAGGCUGCAAGUCCCGAUUCCGCAACUAUUUAUCAGGAUACACAAUCACCAAGCUGUCAAUUAUACAGGUCGAGCCCACCUACUCCUUUAUCCUCAAGUGCGGCUCCUUCGCCGCCAUUAUAUCACAGUCAUAGAUAUUAUCAGGAUUGCAAUGCAGUUAAUACUAGUGGUAAUCUUCCAAUAACGUUACAUAAGUACUGAGAUUAUCGAACAAGGUCUCAAAGAGACCUUGUAUCAUCGAUAAGUGGCAAUCAUUAUCAUCAACAGAGGCAUGAAGAUUAUGAUCCAUAUUUAGUUUACAUUAAGCAAGAGUGGAUUUCACCUGAUGAACAUCCAAAAGAAUGGCACUGAUAAGUUAUACGUGACU